AUGACUGGUCCAUGGACCAAAGUGAAACAAGUGGCUGCAUAUAGUCUUGGUUUAAUCAAACGUGGUGGCAUCGAAGAGCUGUUGGAGAAAGUAAGAGUCAUUCAAUCUGGUACUUUGAGUUUGAUUCAAGGGGGUUUCACUGGUGGCAGCACAACAUCUGAAUCGAGCUGUGAAACAGUUAGAAUUUGUUGCAAUGUCUUGGUUGAGAAACUUACUGCUCUUACGGAACAGUUGAUGGAACAUAUGGGAACUCUUGAAUGGGAAACAUUGAUUCUUCAGGCAUAUCAAACUUCUGUGACCUUAUCUGCAAGCACACUUUUUAUAUCCGAAUCUCCUUCUGUGCAGUACCUAAACUAUGGUGCAACAAUCGAAGGAGCUUACGUUCAAGGAUUUGGAUUCUUUAUGUUUGAAGAAUACCCCACAAACUCACAUGGAUUAGUGACCGAAAAUGGAACAUGGAGUUAUAAAGACCCUACCCUAGACACAAUUCCCAAACAAUUCAACGUGGAAAUCCUCAACAGCGAACAUCAUCAGAAACGUGUGCUUUCUUCAAAAGCAUCCGGUGAGCCGCUAUUAACGCUGGCGGUUUUAGUUCACUCUGCCAUGAGGGCGGCCAUAGCUGAAGCCACGCGGCAACUUGGUUCAUGGAAUAGAGUAGACGAAUCUAAUUCAAGAGCAUUCCAGUUGGAGGUUCCAGCCGUGAUGCCGGUUGUGAAAAAGCGGUGCGGGCUUGACAGCGUCCAGAAGUUCUUGCAAUGGACAAUGGGCACAAAGUGACGCAAUUCUACUACCUGUUUGCUUCAGUUUUAGCUUCGGCGU